UAAAUUAUCAUUUAUCCCUAAGUUUAUUCCCUAGGUCUGUGUCUGAUAGUAGAUUGAGCAAACAAAGGAACAAUGUCGAAGAAGAACAACCUCGCCAAGAGAAAGAAGCAGUACGAAUUCGAUCUCCAAAGAGAGAAACAAGAGAAGAUAAAGAAAGAGCAGAAGCUCCAUGCGAAGAAAAACAAGAUGAAAGUUGAUGGUAGUUGCAAGAAAAAGAAAGGUGGGAGUGGAUUUCAGGUGGGGAAGAGAAAAGUGAAGACCAAGUUGACUGCCCUUGCUAAAGCUAAGGCUGCCCAGGCAAUGGAGCUUGACAAAUGAGGUUCCACUUAUGUAAUUUUAGACAAUGUAUUGAAAAUUGGUAGAUGACAGUGUUGUUUUGAGGCUCAAUAUCCAUGUUCUGUUCUGUUCUGCUAUAUGACUAUGAGGUUGUAAGUUGUAUAUUAGGUGACUAUUUUUAUUAGAGUUGUCUCUCUUUUACAAUUUUUUGUCUAAUCAACUGCCUACUUUCAAUUUUACAUCUUCUAAUAUAUUUGAUAAAAUUUUGUACC